AUGGUUAGGGAGAAGUUUCUAUUAAAGGUUUCGCCCACGAAAGGUGUGAUGAGAUUUGGAAAGAAAGGCAAGCUUAGCCCUAGGUUUAUUGGUCAAUUUGAGAUCCUUCAUCGUGUGGGAGAGGUAGCUUAUGAGUUGGCAUUACCUCCAGGUUUGUCGGGUGUGCACCCGGUGUUUCAUGUGUCCAUGUUAAAGAAAUACCAUUCGAACGGUUCUUAUAUCACUCAGUGGGAUUCAGUUCUAUUUGAUCAGAAUUUGUCUUAUGAGGAGGAGUCGAUAGCCAUCUUUGAUAAAGAGGUCGAAAGUUGA